AGUAAAUGUGUUAUAUUUUGAAUGCUGUAUAACUGCACUCUAACUGCAAUAUUUUUUCGUAAGGAAGGUGGCGGCAAUGCAACAUGUAUUAGGUGCCAAACGCCGUUAAACCUCAUCGAAGAAGAAGUUGUGUUGUUUUGAUCCGUUGAAGUCGCACAAAGCCGAAAUACCGUUUGUCUGCAGUGAUGAAGACCUCCCAGGCAGUGGAGACAGAAGGCGAUAAGAUCACUUCCUGGGUGUCUGUGUGCCCCAGGGGCUUGUGGGAGGUUUGUCAGAGGAGGAAACGAGGGGCGGAGCCAACUGACCCCUCUGGAGACGUCUACCCCGGGAUUGGCUCUCUGUGUCAGGUCAGAGUUCAACGCCAAGGAGAACCUACAGCUGACCCGGAGCUGUCACUCAAACCUGACCUGCCAAUCGCAGUCCUUUCAGAUGCCCAGGUCCCAUCCCUACAGCGCUCCCAGGGUACCAUGCUGCAGGUCCCGCUUGGUGAUUGGAUCAUUCUGAGGCUGGGGGAGGGGCAGUGUGACAUCACAGAGGGGUGUGUGGAGGGGAUGAGAGCUGGAGAGAAGUGUGAGGUAAUGCUGACUCCACUAGCAGACCGACUCCGGGGAGGAGAAGAGGAGCAGAAGAGAGCAAGCCCUGACCAGUCCCUGUGUAUAACAGUAGAGCUCCAGUCCUUCUCUCCUGGCCAUGAGUCCUGGCAGCUGUCAGCUGGAGAGAAGUGGGGCUGGGUGAUGUCACACAAGCAGAGGGGGGGAGACAGGUUUAGGGCGGGGGACAUGUGGGGGGCGGCAGACAGCUACAGCCGAGCCAUCAAACUCCUCAUCACCCUAAAACUACACACCCGGGGAGAAGGGGAGGAGAUGACUCCGAUAGAGGAGGAGGAGGAGGAUGAGGAGACGGAGAAGAAAGAUAGCCUAGAGGCCCCUACAGAUCGUCAGUACCGUUCCACCAAGGCCUCUCUCUACUCCAACCUGUCCCUAUGUCAGCUCAAACUGGGCCAGUGGUCCCGGGCCAGAGGGUGUGCCUCCAGAUCCACGCUGCUGGAGCCCCAAGGGCUGAAGGCCUGGUACCGCCUUGGGCAGGCCAACCUGGAGGCAGGGGAGCUGGAGGAGGCCGACAGGGCCUUCAGGAAACUACAGGAGCUCCAGCCUGACUCUCCCUCCGCCCUGAGAGGACUGAGAGAGGUGGGGAGGAGAGAGCGAGAGACGAAUAGCAGACUGGGACAGAGACUCUGCAAGAUGUUCAGCUGAAGAGGGAGAGUGAGAGAGGACUGAUAGCCAACAGGGACAGGGACUGAGUCAAAUGUUCAGGCGAGAAGGAGAGGGUGACAAUUAGCAGACUAUUUUUUCAUCCACAAAUAGUCUUAGGCUGCGUUUAUAUAAGUAGCCCAAUUCUGAUAUUUUUUCCAAUAUUGGUCUUUGACCAAUCACAAGUAAAAUAAAUAUCAGAAUUGGGAUGUCUGUGUAAAUAUGGGCACUGGAUUAUGGGAUUUAAGUGUCAGUCAUUUUUUUUAUUGAACUGUUAAGACACUGGAGCUGUUCUAGAAAAUACAUUUAAGAAGUGGUAUAGAAAUUAGCUGGAAUUAUGGGUAAGACGGCUUUUCACCAACUCUGUCCUGGGGACGCCCAAGAGCCACACAUUGAGGCUUUUGCCCUAGCACUACUAAUUCAAAUAAUCAAAGUUUGACGAUGAGUUAGUUAUCUGAAUCAGCUGUGUAGUGUCAGGGCACCCCAGUUAGAAACGCUGGGGCAGGAUUAGGCUUCUAAAGGGAGGGUACAAACAAACAAUAGCCCAGGCCAAUGAUACGGGGAAAAAAGACAUCUUAGGAGGAGAUAUCUAUGUGUAUCUAUCUACACACACACACGUACCGUUGAAGUCAGAAGUUUAUAUACACCUUAGCCAAAUACAUUUAAACUCAGUUUUUCACGAUUCCUGACAUUUAAUCCUAGUAAACAGUACCUGUCUUAGGUCAGUUAGGAUGAUCACUUUAUUUUAAGAAUGUGAAAUGUCACAAUAAUAGUAGAGAGAAUGAUUUAUUUCAGCUUUUAUUUCUUUCAUCACAUUCCCAGUGGGUCAGAAGUUUACAUACACUCAGUUAGUAUUUGGUAGCAUUGCCUUUCAAUUGUUUAACUUGGGUCAAACGUUUCGGGGUAGCCCGUUUCGGGCCCAUUCCUCCUGACAGAGCUGGUGUAACUGAGUCAGGUUUGUAGGCCUCCUUGCUCACACACGCUUUUUCAGGUCUGCCCACAAAUUUUCUAUAGGACUGAGGACAGGGCUUUGUGAUGGCCACUCAAAUACCUUGACUUUGUUGUCCUUAAGCCAUUUUGCCUCAACUUUGGAAGUAUGCUUGGGGUUAUUGUCCAUUUGGAAGACAGAUGAACGUGGUACCUUCAGGCGUUUGGAACCAGACUUGUGGAGGUUUACACAUUUUCUUCUGAGGUCUUGGCUGAUUUCUUUAGAUUUUCCCAUGAUGUCAAGCAAAGAGGCACAGAAGUGGGCCUUGAAAUACAUCCACAUGUACACCUCCAAUUGACUCCAAAUGAUGUCAAUUAGCCUAUCAGAAGCUUCUAAAGCCAUGACAUUUUGGGGAAUUUUCCAAGCUGUUUAAAGGCACAGUCAACUUAGUGAAUGUAAACUUCUGACCCACUGGAAUUGUGAUACAGUGAAAUAAUCUGUCUGUAAACAAUUGUUGGAAAAGUUACUUGUGUCAUGCGCAAAGUAGAUGUCCUAACCAACUUGCCAAAACUAUAGUUUGUUAAAAAGACAUUUGUGGAGUGGUUGAAAAAUGAGUUUUAAUGACUCCAACCUAAGUGUAUGUAAACUUCUGACUUCAACUGUUCAUACACACACACACACUACCGGUCAAAAGGUUUUAGAACGCCUACUCAUUAAAUGUUUUUUCUUUAUUUGACUAUUUUUCUACAUUGUAUAAUUAAUAGUGAAGACAUCAAAGCUAUGAAAUAACUCAUGGAAUAAUAGUCUAAUAAAGUGUUAAACAAAUCAA